AUGUAUCGGCAUCUUCACCGGGCGAUUCUGGCCGCCCGGGCCGAGGAAAACGGCGCCGAUGCCGUGCCGGAGUGUGAGAUCUCGUCGGCAAGCACCGACUAUUUAGGCUUGAGGAUAGCCUCUAUCUUCGUCAUCCUGGUCGGCUCGGCCAUCGGUACCCUCCUACCUGUUUUUCUGGCCAAGACCUCGAGGCUACGAGUACCCAAGUUAUGUUUCUUCAUCGCCAAGUACUUUGGCACCGGCGUUAUUCUUGCCACUGCCUGGAUGCAUCUCCUAUCCCCGGCUUCUGAUAACCUCCGCGACGAGUGUCUGGCCAACAUCUUGCCGGACUACGACUGGGCCAUGGCUAUCGCGCUCAUGACCGUCAUGGUUAUGUUCCUCCUCGAAAUUAUUGUCUCUCGCUUUGACUUUGGCUUCGGCUCUUCCCAUGGCCACAGCCACAGCCACGGUCACAGCCACGGCCACAGCGGCACCCACGAGCAUGAGACCAAGGGCUCCCACGACGACGAGCCCAGCAGCAAGCGUCAGUCCCAUGACGUCGAGUCCGCUACUAAGGCGGGUAACGACAACGGCAAUGGCAACAGUAGCGGCAGUGGUGGCAACUUCUUCGACUCUAGCCGGAUCCCAGUCCGCCGUGACGACGUUAGCUACCCGCCCGGCGGCGGCGACCAUCUUGGCCACCAGCGUGACCAUGUCGAGGGCGACGAGCACGCCAAUUACGCGGCACAAAUCACCGCCAUCUUCAUUCUCGAGUUCGGCGUCAUCUUUCACUCCAUCUUCAUCGGUUUGACCCUGGCCGUAACCGACAACUUCGUCAUCCUCUUCGUCGUCCUCGUCUUCCACCAGACCUUUGAAGGCCUCGGUCUCGGCGCCCGUCUCGGUAUGGCCACCUGGCCGACCCACGGCACUCGCCGCUGGACACCUUAUAUCCUCGGCUCCCUGUACGCCAUCAGCACCCCCUUCGCCAUCGGUAUGGGCCUCGUGGCUAGCCGCUCGCUUGCCCUUGAAGCGGCCACCAGCCGCGUGGUCAACGGCGUGUUUGACGCGAUCAGCGGUGGUAUUCUCAUGUACACGGCCCUUGUCGAGCUGGUUGCACACGAGUUCAUGUUUAACCCUGAAAUGCGCAAGGCGGGGCUGGGCAUGCAGCUCGCAGCGUACGGGUGUGUGGUGGUCGGUGUUGGGUUGAUGGCACUUUUAGCGAAUUGGGCUUGA